GCAAGCGAAGUUGUCAUUCGGGCUGCACUACCAAGGGGGGUGCAGCAGAGUACGGCUGGAUGACGCCAACGUCUCGCCAAGGCCACGGGGGGGCUUGCUUCAUCACACAUCUGACGAAAUCGACUCACACAACGUGCCGCUUCCACGACCCACCACCCCACCCCCCCGCCAAACCACCACGUCAUUACGCAGUGGGGCUGCAUGACCAAGGUACGCGCACAUUUGGUGGAAACAAAGGCCCGUGUUGAAGAGCUACCGCUAGCGCGCACAAUACCAUGGAUGAAAACGAGCCGUGGGACGCGACCUCGAAUUACUCCUACUUGGACGCACCGCUGCCGGACGUGUCCGACAGAGUGUGCGAUUUCCUCGACUGCCUGCCGUGCAAGACGGUGGACAACGACGCCUUCAACGCUGGAACCUCCAUCCUCUACGGCACGGCGUUCGUCCUCAGCCUCGUGCCAAACCUCGCCGUCCUUUGGCUACUGGCCACCGACCACCCGCCGGGCUCUCGCGUGUCGACAGCGCUGCUGCCCCUGAGCCACACCGCCGCGAGCCUCUGCGGCAUCUCCACGCUGCCGGCGCUCGUCGUGGUGACGCGACACGGCGUCGGCCACUGGCCGUCGGGCGCCGAGGCCCUGUGCAAGCUGCUGUUCUUCACGUUCGAGCUCUACCAGUACGGCACUGCCCUCUCGGUGGCCUCCAUGGGAGUGGAACAGUUCUCCACUUUCGGGAGCGGGACGGGCGCGAGGGCGUCGAUGUGCGCCGCGUCGUGGCUCCUCGCCGUCGGCGCUUCGCUGCCCAGCCUCGUCGUCGUGACGGCGACGGGCGGCCAGAGGUGCGAGCCGGACCUCGACCCGGAGAGCGCGCGCACGUGGGAGGCGGCCGUCGGCGUCCUCGGCGUCUCCUUGGGGUGCGCGACGGCCGUCGCGGUUUUCGCGUCGUUUUACAUCGCCGCCCGCGGGGACCCGGCGUUCGACUGCAGCGGGCGGCGAGAGCUUGCGCGCGUUUACUUCUGCUUGUUCCUGUUCUGCUGGCUGCCGUACCACACCCUGCUCUUGGCGGAGGUGCUGAAGUUGGCGGAUUUCUUGACGUUUGACUGCGUUGCGGCCGAGGGGGUCUUCUAUGGGAAACAAGCCGCGCAGUGCCUGGCAUUCCUAUACAGCGGCGCGACUGCGUGGGCAUUCAUCGUUUUGAAAUACGCGAGGCCCGCGCGACAAGCAGGUGGCACGGCGCAAACCGCCCUUGCCCUAUCUUAGGCGUGGAUGUGCGUACUUUGAACUUCAACAACACCGCACGUAGCCAGCCCGUGCUAAUCGGAUGAGGUGCAAAGUCAACGAUAUGAUUGGCGCAACUUCCUCCCGCAUUUGCAACCUCCGCUUGCGGCGCAGUGGUUAAAAGCCGCUGUGCUACAAUUUCCGGCGACCCGAGUUUGAUUCCAAACCACGGCUAGCAUCGGCGGCGGGCGAUAUCCGAAGCGGUCCUGGACCACCCUUCCACCCGGGUCACUUCGCCAACCCGCACUGAACCAGCGUGGUGAGGUAUGGUCGUACGACACGGGGCGGAAAGGCUUCCAUCAAGUUGUGGACUGGCAAAACGGCCGGUACAGUUCUUAUGUCACGACCGUCGUUAGGCUGCAAAGCAAAAAAAAAUGCGGCGAAUGCUUACACGCACAUUUAAAAAAUAUAUAUACCGAAAAGGCUGACAUCAUAUUCAGAGGCUCUCCAAGGCCUUUUCUAAUUCAGCCGCAUGUGGCUCGGGAGUGGCGGGGUGCAUCCCUUUACACCUUCAUUUACCGUACAAAAGCAUUUAAAUAGAUACAUUGUCAAGACUGCGCCUGUCACAUGUGUGCCGACCGCAAGACAAACGAGCGAAUGCGUUCGGAGGGGGGAGUAUCUAAUAACGAACGAGGCUUGGUAAAACGCGACCGUACAUCAACAGUGUUGCUUAGGUUGGGAAAUCAACAGAGUUUUAUUGGGAUGAAGCAAGCAGCCUUCUUUCGCGAAGCUGUCGAGUGAAGAUCAGCGGUAAGAUAAUGCCUCGGGCGUGACGUGAAGCCACGUGAGGGUUUAUGGCGAUAAUCUCCGGGCCCGCCAGCCAGAACUGCGGCUUUAAGCAUCUCGCUGCUUUCACUGAUCCUGUUUUCAUUUUCUACGGCUCAUUUAUAUACCUAAAAAAAAAAUUCAGCGUGUGUGCGCAGCAAAAUGUAUAUGCGCAACCAUUACCGCACCUACUUGGGUCAUCGGUACAUUUUGACGUACAGGCAUGUUAUGUCAUAGAGUUGUUUGGGUAUUCUUCACCUAUGACAUUAACCUCUGAUACUUUUUUUUAAUUAGAGGGACAAUGCACCCGCGGAUUGUCGAAGUUCCACCGUCUGUUGCUGAGAUGCCAUUCCAUCCUAAAUAUCAGCCUCUAAACAUCGUGAUACUGUAUGUAGCAUUAAGGCUAAACAGGUUUCCUUCGCUCUGUGUGAGAGUAAAUGCGUUACUUAAAAGGGGGGGGGGCACACGAAGUGAAACCGCGCAAAUUAACCCAUCGACUAUCUAAAAAUCGAUGUCUUUGUGUGUUUUUGAAAAGGCAUCAUUUUUUACAUUGUAGUAUCAAUUAAAAUCUUAUAUUAAUACUACAUAUUAACUAGGACUCUGUGGGUGUAAGAAUGCAUUCCAUUUCCAUCAGGUUAUGAAACGUGCGAGUUAGUUUUUUUUCUGAUUAAAAUGAAUGUUCGAAAUAAUGCUCGUAAUUAUAUGUACAUUUACUUCAAUGAUUACACAUGCUCUAUCGUAUACAGUAAAACCUUGGAUUGAGAGCAUAAUUCGUUCCGGAAACAUGUUUGUAAUCCAAAGCACUCGUAUAUCAAAGCAGUCGUAUAUCAGUUGUGAUCACGUGACGCUCGGCAGACAAAGCGUACACGUACUACUUGUAUUGCAAGAUCCUCGCUCGUUUAUCAAAUUAAUAUUUAUUU